AUGCUAGGACGGAUCAAGAACAAGUUUCCCUGCCAUAGACGUCGGAAGGCUGCCCAAACAACCGCUACUGAGUCUAAACCGCAAAAUGGCAGUACUUCACCUGUCACACGCCCCGAAAAACAAGAGUACUCGGCCAACCCCAUAGAGAAGCCCCAAGCUGCACAACCAGAGCCCCCCGCGCAAGCUGAAACCCCUCAAGAGGCGGAUGCUCCAACAGAAUCCACGGGGCCCACAAGAGACCUCUGGCACGAUGCUUUCAAGCAGCUUCCCGUGGCAAAGCAGCAAAAGCUGAGGACUAUGGGCUUCGAUCGACUCAGCUCUGGAUCGGUGGAAUCUGAUAUUAGUGAGCUGGUAAGCGAGGUGAACAAGAAACAGGAAGAAUGCGAGAAAAAGUUUUGGCGCGUCCCUGUUGGAGGUGAAGAAAUUGUUCUCCGCAAUUACACCACCAAGAUUGUGGGCUGGUUGGAGAAAGCCGGAGAUAUUGCGGUACAAUUCGCACCACCGCAAGCCAGUAUCCCGUGGCAAGUCCUCAAAUCUGUCAUGCAGAUACCUGUGAUUGAGGGUGAGCAGAUGGCCGCAUUACUUGGAACCACGGAGAAAAUUGUUCAAAUCAUUAGCCGGGGCCAAGUGUACGAGCAGGUCUACUUGCCAAACACACCUGGAACACCGGAAGAUGCCCUCUCCAGAAACCUACAAUCUUGUCUAUUAGGCAUUUACAGUACGUCCUUGGACCUUCUGGCCGAAUCGGAGAAUUUAUUCUCCCAGAAUACUGCCAGGCGAACAAUCUCGGCCAUUGUGAACCCGGGUAAAGCCUCUGGUGGCCUGGCAGAUCUUGCCGAGCAGGAAGAGGAGCUUAUCCGCGACGUCACGGCAUGCGAGAGCCGGCGUAGCGCAGACGCAGAUAAUCGAAUGAUAGGGAUGCUUGAUGCUCUCAAUGCGCCGAUGACGCGGAUGGAUGAGGGCAUCAGUCACCUUGUGCAGCAUAUGGAUGAGAAAAGAAGGAUCGAAAUGCUGGAGUGGAUCUCCCCCAUCCCAUUUGGCAAACACCACCACAACGUGAAGGACAAGAGAACACCUGGCACCGGUCAGUGGUUACUGCACCACAAGGACUUCUGUAACUGGGAACGGAAAACCGGCUCGGCUCUCUUCGUCCUCCAGGGCACGGCUGGCACUGGAAAAACAUAUCUCACGUCAACUGUUAUCGAUUAUCUUGAAACCUUUCUCACUAAUCCUCCCAAAGACGAGGGAUUUGCGUUCUUCUACUGUGACAAAAAUGAACCGAGUCGUGCGCAAGCACAGUCCAUUCUUCAAAGCUAUGUCCGUCAGCUCUCCACAACCGCAAGCAAUCCAGAGUCUCCUCAGAUCAAGCUUCAGGAGACUUACUCGGAAAAUCGAGAGAAAGGUUCCACGUUUACAUUGGAUCAGUGCAAGAAACAAAUUCUCGCAUCGCUAGGAAUCUACCAGAAGACAACACUGGUGGUUGAUGCUAUGGACGAAUGUAGCCCAGAGUCACGCGAUGAACUCAUUGAAGCGUUGAAGGAGUUUGUGGCGCAAUCCAAGAAACCGGUAAAAAUCUUCAUCUCCAGCAGACCUGAUCCUGACAUCCAAAGACAAUUGGAAGAUGCUCCCGGCCUCAGCGUUGAUGCAAGCGACAAUCAGGAGGAUAUUAGGAGCUACCUACAAGGGCAAAUUGACAAAUUUGCGAAGAAGGCGGCAUUCUUUGGGCGUCUAAAAGCCGACAUCGUGACCAGACUGCUCCAGCGAUCUCAGGGAAUGUUUCAGUGGGCGGCUUUGCAAGUCCAUCAAAUUGAGAGAUGUAGGACGGAGUCGAGUGUUUGGAAGCGGCUUGAAAACCUGCCCGAAGACUUGCAUAAGGCAUACGACGAGGUAUUCACCGAGAUCGAGAGCCUGGAGGAGCCAGAUCGCACCCUCUCCAAGCGUGCCCUUCUAUGGGUGAUGUGCGCGACCACCCCACUCACUAGUCGUCAGCUUCUGUCCGCGAUUCGGAUAAAGGUGGAUUCGGCUGAGGAUAUGCCUGAUCUAGAAGAUGAACUUGACGAGGCAGCCUUGUUGUCCCUCUGUAACAACUUCCUUGUCAUGGACACUCAGUUGAAGGUGUGGCGUUUCCCCCAUCUCUCAGUCAGGGAGUUUUUGGAAACCAAGCCGGACCUGACUGUCCCUCAUGCACACUGCCAGGCCGCUGCUGUGUCACUGGUACUUCUCAAUAAUGUCAAGAAAGAGGAAGACGAGGAUGAUGAACCCGCCUCGGUGGACGCCUCUUACCGAACUGUGGAGCAAAUCGAUAUUUCAGACUUUGUGCAUCCGCUUCAGAAGUAUGCCCGACAAAGUUGGGCGAUCCACCUCCCUGGGGCUAAACAGCUUGAGAGGGAUUUAUUGGCAGCUCUUCUGAAAAAGUUUCUCGGAUCUGCAAUGGAGAGCAGCCCGCAAUAUAAAGUGUGGCUCUCCGGGUUUGACGAUGAUCGAGCGGGCUGGCGAGACAGUCUGAGUGGCUGGGUCAAUACCGAAUUGGAGCCCAAUAGCACGUCUCUUUUCGCCAUGUGCCUCUUCUCCCUGGAUUCAAUCCUAUCCGAUUGGUGGGAAUCUGCUGCGAUUGACAUCUCACUGGCAAAUGACAACCAGCACAAUUUGCUCGCGGUUGCUGCCAUCGGGGGCUCUUCGUAUAUCUGCAAAACCUUGAUCAACAGGGGAGUGCCAGUCAACGCACGAUUCGAAGGCCCGGUUUAUGGAACUCCGCUUGUAGCAGCAGCUCACCAGGGACAAACCGAAAUUGUGGAGCUCCUGUUAGAAUCGGGUGCAGACAUCAACACAGUCCUCAGCGACAGUGAGGGGUUGUUUGGCAAUGCUCUCUCUGCGGCAAUAUGCUCGAACAACCUUGACACUGUCAAGUACUUGCUUAAGGCAGGCGCAGAGGUGAAUGUGACCUUCCUGCGUGAGAGCUAUGACCAGAACGAAAAAUUAGGAUCCCCUCUCGGAAGAGCGGCAUCGCGACCAAACACCGAGAUCUUGCAAUGCCUCAUGCAGGCAGGCGCAGAUGUCAAUGCGCCUCUCAAAAGCCACGACUAUGGCAGCCCUCUCGCAGUAGCGGCCAGAAUGGGUCACCUGGGCAAUGUCAAGUGCCUGGUUGAGAAGGGCAAGGCAGAUGUGAACAUGCACCUUCAAUCUGGCCCGUGGGGGAGUGCACUCGAAGCGGCGGCUUCGUCUGGAGAGCUUGAAAUUGUCAAGUACCUUGUCGAGAGGGCGGGUGCAAAUGUGAAUAUGCAGCUGACGUCCCCGAGGUCGGAUGGUAGCGCUCUGGCGGGAGCUGUAGAUGGAUGGAUUGAGGGACGGCCUGAAAUCGUGAGAUAUUUAGUCGAGGAAGCGGGUGCCGAUGUAAAUCUGCCCCUGGUGACCGGCUCUUAUGGCAGCGUUCUCGCCAAAGCAGUAUCUUCUGGAACCGCUGAAGGCCAACUGGACCUAGCAAGGUACCUUUUGGAAGCGGAGGCAGACGUCAAUAUGCUACUCCAGCAUGGAGAAUCUGGCAGUGCCCUUGCCUCGGCCGCAGGAUCAGGAUUCGACGUUGAAGCGGUCGAGUUCCUUCUUAAAGCUGGGGCCGAUGUCAACAAGCCACUGCCAACCGGUAACUUUGGCAAUGCGCUCAUAGCCGCCGCUUCGGGAGACAACCUGGAUAUUGUCAGAUGCAUGGUGGAAGCCGGAGCAGACGUCAAUCUGUCCGGGCUAGUUGGAAACUACGGCAGUGCUCUCGCUGCAGCGGCAGCCGGUUCCAACCUCGAGAUGGUUGAGUACCUCCUCGAGGCAGGGGCAGAUGUGAACCUACCGCUUUUGUCCGGCAAAUUCGGCAGCGCGCUAGCUGCCGCCGCCAUUGGAUAUGAUGUUGAGAUCGUGGACCUCUUGCUAGAGCGAGGAGCGGAGGUAAACCAGUCACUCCCCACUGGUGAUUAUGGUAGCGCCCUCGCAGCCGCAGUUUCGACGGGCAACGCUGAUAUUGUCAAGUCCCUGGUCAAGGCAGGCGCCGAAGUCAAUAUUCCACUCCCUGAGGAAAUGCGAACUGAACUGGACCAUUGA